AAUCAUGGCCGCUCUCAGAACUCCGUUGAGGUUGUGGAAGUUCCAGUUGGGCUCUCGGCGAGCAGAGCGGGUCUGCGCUCGAGCCGCAGCCCAGCGCCACCCCGAUGCUCUGCUCGCGACGCGGCCCCAGCCUUUCGAGGUGGGGCAGCCAUGCCGCCUGCUCAGCUCCGAGGCAGACUCUGGUAGCUCAGAAAUCAAGAAACCUACAUUUAUGGAUGAGGAAGUCCAGCGUAUCCUCACCAAGAUGACAGGCCUGGACUUGAAGAAGACUUUCAAGCCUGCUGUACAACCACUGAAGCCACCCACCUAUAAGUUGAUGACCCAGGCCCAGUUGGAAGAGGCUACUAGAGUGGCAGUUGAAGCAGCUAAAGUACGAUUAAAGAUGCCACCAGUUCUGGAAGAACGAACGCCAAUAAAUGACGUCUUAGCUGAGGAUAAGAUUUUGGAAGGAACAGAAACAAACAAAUACGUGUUUACUGACAUAUCAUAUAACAUACCACAUCGGGAACGUUUUAUUGUUGUUCGAGAACCAAGUGGCACACUACGCAAAGCUUCGUGGGAAGAACGGGACCGGGUGAUACAAAUUUAUUUCCCAAAAGAAGGUCGUAGAGUUUUGCCACCAGUAAUUUUCAAAGAUGAAAACCUUAAGACCAUGUACAGCCAAGACCGCCAUGCUGAUGUCCUCAAUCUCUGUGUUGCCCAGUUUGAGCCAGAUUCCACUGAGUAUAUCAAGGUUCAUCAUCAGACCUAUGAAGAUAUAGAUAGACAUGGAAAGUAUGAGCUUCUGCGUUCCACAAGGCACUUUGGUGGCAUGGCUUGGUAUUAUGUAAAUAAAAAAAAGAUUGAUGGUUUGCUCAUCGAUCAAAUCCAGAGAGACUUGAUUGAUGAUGCCACCAGCCUGGUCCAGCUGUAUCACAUGCUCCAUCCAGAUGGCCAGUCGGCUCAAGAGGCCAAAGAGCAGGCUGCUAAGGGAGUGGAUUUAAUUAAGGUCUUCGCACAAACAGAAGCACAGAGAGGAGCAUAUAUAGAAUUAGCACUCCAGACUUAUCAAGAAAUAGUCAUCGGCCAUUCUGCAGCGUCCUGAGAACAAUU